CUUUCUUUCUUUCUUUUUUUUUUCUUUUUUUCUUUUUAAAUCUUUCCCCACCCACCAACAGGACCAUAUAACAUUUCAAUCAAUCAUACACAUUACCAAAACUCAAUAAUACACACACACACACACACUAUAAUGUGCCCUCAUAACCCAUAUCUCUCAUUUUUUUUUAAAGGAAAGGAAAAAAACCCUAAAUACCCCUAAUUUGUUCACUAUUACCCAUUUUACCCAUCCAUGACCUAAUUUAAUUUCAAUAUAACCUCAAAUUCCACCCCCCACCCAACAUUUUGUACUAAUUCUAAUGUCAUCCUUUGAGUUACAUGUUUAUGGGCUCUAUCAUCUUCUAUGAUCUUUUGCUUCCCCACUUGGAGAUGAUGAUCAUGGUAUUUUUUUUUUUGAGGGAAGUAAGAGAUUCAAGAGAUCUUUGUUUUACCCCUUCUUUAAUUAAUUAAUUGAUGUUGUUUCAUUUUUUUUAAAAAAAAUUAAAAGCUUCUUAGGGGGCUACAGAAGAGGGGUAUAGGUGUGUGUAUGUAAUGUAAUAAUAAUAUAGUUUGGAUUAAUUUAAAUAAACUAGAGAAACCCCAUCUCUUUUUCUCAUACUCUUCUCCUUUUUUUCUCUUUCUUCUCUCUCUUUUUGUGAUUUGUGUAUGUGAGUGGAGCUCAAUUUCCUCUCAAGUAUGUGUAUGGAAAUUUCAAGAAUUUAAUACCACCAAUAAAAAGUAAAGAAGAAAGAGAGAGUGGUAAGAGAAUCAACUUGAUAUAUCCUUCCUCAAUUACUUAUCCUCUUUAGGGUUUUUAGAAACAAGUAGCUCAAACUGAGAUAUGCUUCUUUUGAUCUGAUCCUCCCUCUCUCACUCUCCAAACCCCAAAGUUAAUGAAUUUUCACAAACCAGACAUGGAAUUUCUUACCAAAAGUACAAAAGAAGAUCAAGAUCAAGAUCAGGAAGAAGAAGAAGAAGAAGACGAAGAUCAAGAGCAAGAUCAAGAUCUUGUUGCAUGCAAUUUCUUCCCAAAUUCUCACAGUACUCAAUUAACCAAACAACAAGACCAAGAUCAAGAUCAAGAAAGUGGGAAUUAUGAGUGUCAAAAUGAGGAUCAUCAACCAAUUCUCAUGGAUUUAUCCUUAAGAAUGGAAAGCAAUGGUUUUGCUGAUGUUGUAGAAAGAGAACACAUGUUUGAUAAAGUUGUUACUCCGAGUGAUGUUGGAAAAUUAAACCGUUUAGUGAUUCCAAAACAACAUGCUGAGAAGUACUUCCCUUUAGACUCAUCCACCAACGACAAAGGCCUCAUCUUAAACUUUGAAGACCGUCAUGGAAAGCCUUGGCGUUUUCGUUACUCUUAUUGGAAUAGUAGUCAAAGCUAUGUCAUGACUAAAGGUUGGAGUCGUUUUGUUAAGGAGAAAAAACUCGAUGCCGGCGAUAUCGUUUCUUUCCACCGUGCUCUCCCAAGCCAUUCCGUCAACGACCGUCUUUUUAUCGACUGGCGUCGUCGUCGCUCCGACGCUCCUACUCCUCAUCACCAUCACCACCAUUUCUCUAACCCUUUUCUCCUCCGUUGGGGCACUACUGCUCGUCACUUGCCACCACCACCGCCUCCGCCACGACGAACAACUCACCACCAACACCAUCUUUACCCUAAUUACGGGUUUGAAAUCCCUAAUUUUGGGAUGUCUAAUAUUAAUAAUACUUCCAUGUAUUAUUUUCGACCGCCUUCCUCAUCUUCUUCUCUUUAUAGGAUGGGAAAUGGGGAUGAGAUUGUUGUUAAUAAUCAAGGAUGUUCUUCGAUGGGGAUUAUUAACAAACCUGGGUCUGGUGCCGCAAAACGGUUGAGACUCUUUGGAGUGAAUAUGGAGUGUGCUUCACCGGAUGGAGAAGGAGGAGGAGGAGGAGAGGAUGUGUCGAACGGUGGUGUUCCGAGAAGAGGGAAAGAACCCUUGUCGUUGAAUUGGGAUUUACUUUAAUUCAAGAGACAAACGAGACUACAGAAACCAAAAGGAGGAAGAACAAAAAAAAAAAAAAAGGUUUGGGGAAUUUUAUAUGGGAAUCUUCCCUUAUAUAUGAAUUUUUCUUUUUUCUUUUUUCUUUUUUUAAACACAUUUUGCUGUCUAAAUUUUCAAUAUAAAAAAAAAAAACAAAAAAAAUUUGAUGAAUAUUGGAAGUUGAAGAAAAAGAGAAGAUAUUGAGAUAGAUCAAAUCAAUCCAUCAAAAUUGUUCAUCUUUGUAGCCCUUUGAAGUUCAUCUUACUCUAAUUAUUCCUGAAAUUUUGUUCAUUUUUGAAUUAUUUCUUA